UCGGCGGCCGCAGCCAUGUCCAAGGUAACGGCGCCCGGGCCCGGGCCGCCGCCGCCGGCGGCGGCGGGCGGGAAGGAGAAGCGCUCCUUCAGCAAGCGGCUGUUCCGGAGCGGCCGCGCGGGCGGCGGCGGCGGCGCUGGCGGCCCCGGGCCGGCCGCGCCCUCCUCGCCCUCGUCGGCGCGCUCGGUGGGCAGCUUCAUGAGCCGCGUCCUUAAGACGCUGUCCACGCUCUCGCACCUUAGCUCCGAGGGCGCCGCCCCGGACCGCGGCGGCCUCCGCAGCUGCUUCCCGCCCGGGCCGGCCGCCGCGCCCACGCCGCCGCCGCCGUGCCCGCCGCCGCCCGCCUCGCCCGCGCCGCCCGCCGCCGCCGCCGCUGCCGCGGAGCCGGUGCCCGGGGUGACGGGGCUCCGGAACCACGGCAACACGUGCUUCAUGAACGCCACGCUGCAGUGCCUCAGCAACACAGAGCUCUUCGCCGAGUACCUGGCGCUCGGCCAGUACCGGGCGGGGCGGCCCGAGCCCUCGCCUGACCCCGAGCAGCCCGCGGGCCGCGGCGCGCAGGGCCAGGGCGAGGUCACCGAGCAGCUGGCGCACCUGGUACGGGCCCUCUGGACCCUGGAGUACACCCCGCAGCACAGCCGCGACUUCAAGAGUAUUGUGUCAAAGAAUGCACUGCAAUAUCGGGGAAAUUCCCAGCACGAUGCCCAGGAGUUUCUGCUGUGGCUUUUGGACCGAGUUCAUGAAGACCUCAAUCAUGCUGUGAAGCAGAGCGGCCAGCCUCCUCUGAAGCCACCAUCAGAGACCGAUUUGAUGCCUGAGGGGCCAUCUUUUCCUGUCUGUAGCACCUUUGUUCAAGAACUUUUUCAAGCCCAGUACAGAUCUUCUCUGACGUGUCCUCACUGUCAAAAGCAGAGCAACACUUUUGAUCCUUUCCUCUGCAUUUCUUUGCCAAUUCCUCUACCCCACACAAGGCCUCUCUAUGUCACUGUAGUGUAUGAAGGGAAAUGUUCUCACUGCAUGCGGAUUGGCGUGGCCGUGCCUCUGUCUGGGACUGUCGCCAGGCUCCGGGAAGCAGUGUCUAUGGAAACAAAGAUCCCCACUGAUCAGAUUGUGUUAACAGAAAUGUACUAUGAUGGGUUCCAUCGUUCCUUUUGUGACACAGACGACCUGGAAACAGUCCAUGAAAGCGACUGCAUUUUUGCCUUUGAGACUCCAGAAAUAUUUAGGCCUGAAGGAAUUCUCAGUCAAAGAGGAAUCCAUUUAAACAACAACCUAAACCACUUGAAAUUUGGCUUGGAUCAUCAUAGACUGUCUUCUCCAACACAAGCAGCCACAAAGCAAGGGAAAGUGGACCUGCGCCCUGCAAAACCAGGGAGCGACAAGAUUGUUCUGUUAGUGUGUAACCGAGCCUGCACUGGGCAGCAAGGGAAAAGAUUUGGACUGCCCUUUGUGCUGCACUUAGAGAAGACAAUAGCAUGGGACCUUCUACAGAAGGAAAUCUUGGAGAAGAUGAAGUAUUUCUUGAGGCCCACGGUUUGCAUUCAGGUGUGCCCGUUCAGUUUGCGCGUGGUCAGUGUUGUGGGAAUAACAUACUUGCUGCCCCAGGAGGAGCAGCCCCUGUGCCACCCAACAGUAGAAAGGGCCCUAAAAUCUUGUGGACCAGGUGGCACUGCUCAUGUGAAAUUAGUGGUAGAAUGGGACAAGGAGACAAAAGAUUUUUUGUUUGUAAAUACUGAAGAUGAGUAUAUCCCUGAUGCAGAAAGCGUCCGUCUGCAAAGGGAGCGUCACCAUCAGCCUCAGACUUGCACUUUAUCCCAGUGUUUCCAACUCUACACCAAAGAGGAACGGCUUGCCCCAGAUGACGCCUGGCGUUGCCCGCACUGCAAGCAGCUGCAGCAGGGGAGCAUCACACUCAGCCUCUGGACCCUGCCUGAUGUGCUUAUCGUGCACCUGAAGAGAUUUCGCCAGGAAGGAGACAGGCGUAUGAAACUUCAGAACAUGGUCAAGUUCCCUUUGACUGGCCUGGACAUGACACCUCAUGUAGUUAAGAGAAGCCAGAGCAGCUGGAGCUUGCCAUCCCAUUGGUCUCCGUGGAGACGGCCCUACGGACUCGGGAGGGACCCUGAGGACUACAUCUAUGACCUGUAUGCUGUGUGCAAUCAUCACGGCACCAUGCAAGGGGGGCACUACACAGCGUUCUGUAAGAACUCGGUGGACGGGCUCUGGUACUGCUUCGACGACAGUGAGGUGCAGCAGCUGUCGGAAGAUGAGGUCUGCACGCAGACGGCCUACAUCCUCUUCUACCAGAGGCGGACAGCCAUUCCAUCAUGGUCGGCCAACAGCUCGGUGGCAGGCUCCACCAGUUCCUCCCUGUGCGAACACUGGGUGAGCCGGCUCCCGGGCAGCAAGCAAGCCAGCGUGACCUCUGCAGCCUCCUCCAGACGCACCUCCCUGGCCUCGCUGUCCGAGUCGGUGGAGAUGACGGGGGAAAGGAGUGAAGACGAUGGAGGUUUCUCCACUCGCCCCUUCGUGAGAAGCGUCCAGCGCCAGAGCUUGUCGUCCAGAUCUUCCGUCACCAGCCCCUUGGCGGUCAACGAAAACUGCAUCAGACCCUCCUGGUCCCUGUCAGCCAAGCUGCAGAUGCGCUCCAGUUCCCCUUCCCGCUUCUCAGGGGACUCUCCGAUUCACACCUCCGCCUCCACCUUGGAGAAGAUCGGGGAGGCAGCGGACGACAAGGUCUCCAUUUCUUGCUUUGGGAGCUUGAGGAACCUUUCUAGCUUUUACCAGGACUCAAGCGAUAGUCACAGUCGACGGGAGCACAAGGCUGUGGGUCGGGCGCCUCUGGCUGUCAUGGAAGGUGUGUUCAAAGACGAGUCAGACGCCCGCAGAUUGAACUCCAGUGUUGUAGACACACAGAGCGAGAGCUCAGCACAAGGGGAUCACUUGCCUCCUGUCUCUGAUCCGUUUGAUAACAAUAACCAGAUUGCUUAUGUGGAUCAGAGCGAUUCUGUAGACAGCUCUCCCGUCAAAGAGGCGAAACCCCCGAGCCAGCCUGGCUCGCUUGCAAAGAAACCCGAGAGCACAGCCAAGAGAUCGCCCAGCUCCAAAGGCGCUUCUGAGGCAGAAAGAAGCUUGCGGAAGGGGAGGCCAGUCUUGGCAAGCCAGGAAUCAUCUCUUUCCAGUACGUCUCCUUCUUCUCCUGUUCCUGUCAAAGUUUCCACAAAGCCCUCCCGCUCCCGAAGCAAAGCAGAUUCUUCUUCCCGGGCCAGUGGACGGCAUUCCUCCCCUGCCCCUGCCCCAAAAAAGGAAUCCUCCCCCAAAUCCCAGGACUUCGUGUCAUCCCCAUCUCUCCAGAAGCAGAAGUCGGCAUCUUCCCUCGCUCACGCUGCUUCCUCCACAUCUGCCAAAAAAGCCUCAGGCCCCGCCCUAAGGGGCCCCUUCCCUCCAGGAAAGAGCAGGACUUCUGACAGGAGCUUGAGUAGAGAGGGCUCCAGACAAAGCCUGGUUUCCGACAGAGCCAGCGUCACCUCCAGCUCCAAACCCAAUUCCCCUCGCGUGAGCCAGGCCAGAGCCGGGGACGGCAGGGGGGACGGCAGGCACGUGCGGAGCUCCUCCAUGGCCAGCCUGCGCUCCCCCAGCAUGAGCGUGAAGGCCGGCCUGAAGAGGGACAGCAAGUCUGAGGACAAGGGGCUGUCCUUCUUCAAGUCAGCCCUGAGGCAGAAGGAAACCCGGCGGUCGACGGAUCUUGGCAAGACAACCUUGCUGUCCAAGAAGGCUGGCGGGAGCGCCGUCAAGGCGGUCUGUAAGAGCGGCGUGGGUGACAAGGCUGAGAAAGGCUGCCAGCCGCCAGGUUCGCAGCAGCCAAAUGCCAGUGCAGUCGGAAAGGAGCAGCUUAUCUCUAAGGACCCCACUUCUGCUAAACAUUCCCUGCUGUCCGCUCGCAGGUCCAAGUCUUCCCAGCUAGAUUCCGGAGUGCCCUCGUCUCCUGGUGGCAGGCAGUCUGCUGAGAAACCCUCAAAAAAGUUACCUUCUAGCAUGCAAACCUCUGCACGGCCUUCUCAAAAACCUCAGUGAUACUUCUGCAGUCCAAGUGUUUUAUCUGUAAAGAUGUUUAUUUAUUUAGAACCUCUUCCCUCCCACCAAAGCCCUCUAUGCUUUUGUUUUGUAUUUUUUGGGUCACGUGCCUGACUGUGUGUGUGUGCGCGCGCGUGCGUGUGUACGUUUGAGUGUCUGUGUGUGCGUGAGGAGAACUGAAUUGCAAAUUGUUAAAAGCGUCGCCUUAUUCUGCCAUUGAACCAAAUAACAGCCAUAGGCAAAGCAUUGAUACCAAGCUAACUGGAGUCAUCGUAGUCGAUUCCCUGGGCGGUCCCUUUAGUAACUGUGCAUAUUUCUCCCUAGAGAACUCUAAUGACUUUUGUUGGACACUAGGGAUUUGAAACCUGUGAACCAGUUAAGCUACCAUUAGUGUGCUCUGUAGAAGGAUGAAUUAUUUGACUUGGGUUUCAUCUGAGUGGAAUUUGUCCUCACUGCGGAUUGUCGUGUGGCACCGGGAGCUCUAAAAACUGUGACACUAACAGUCAAACAAACCGAGGGAAAACUGUCGCUCUCUGCACUUUGGCCCCAUCUACCAGUUUUUGUAAAGGGCAAUAUUUUAACACUACUGUUUCUCAGGUAUAUACUCAGCUAGUCUAGGAGGGUGCGUCAGUGAAAGGGUUGAAGAAGAAGGUGGCCUGUGGGUGGCUGUCGUUUCUCCUACUGCCACAGAUAGAUGUUUUUAGAGGUAGAAGUGAAGCCUUUCACCAGCUUCAUAUCUGCAAAGAUGUGUGCACCAUGGGUGUCUUGACCCUUGGGAUACGUCCUAAAGAGGUGGCAGGUUGGAUAGCCAGAAAGCCAGUCACUAGUAGUUCAUUUUUUUUUUCCUUCUAAAUUUGCGAGCUACGGCCAUUGGGAUUUUGAAAUGUAGUAGAGCAGGUAAUACCUUCAAAAGAUGCCUAGAAAAAAAAAAAUGGAUUCUGAACCGGAUGUGCGAGCCUGUGCCAUUUUCUUUCUCUGGUGGUGUUUUUUUCUGGGUUAGAAGUUGAAAGCACUGUGCCUCCGGUGUGUGCAUGCCCGUGUCUCCUCGUCUCAUGACUUGGAGAGGAAAGAAGUUUCCUAAUGCCAACUGUCAGUGACAGUACGUUAGAGUGACGUGUGACCGAGUGUUACAUGCGCACUUCUGGCCCUGCCUGUCAGUCUUAGUUGUGACUGCCCCUUCGGGAACGCAGUCAUUUCUUUUCUGUGCUGAAGAUUUAAUCUAUUACCCAGAGCUCACAAGCAGGAUGGAGCACGUUCCGUCUGGCAUUAUCAGUGCAAAUUGCAUUUCUUGUUGGGAAAAAAAAGGGAACCGCACAGAAAUUCACAGAUAAGCAAGAUAUAUAUAUUUUUCAAGCUUUUAGGAGGUGUUCUGGAAUUUUGGGCUUUUUUCUGUUUGGGUUUUUUUUGUUUUUUUGUUUUUUUUUUUUAAAUGUCAAGGGAGUCGUGGUUCUGAUUCUCUCUGAAUAGCAUGUCACUUUGCCAUGAAAUACAGCAUGCUAAGUUUAUAUACUUUCACAUUUAGCUUUUUUUUUUUUUAAGUCAUGGACUCUUCAAGUUCUUCCUGAACUCUUGGUGCACAGAUCCAUUUAUAAUCUCCCUUUUCAGUAUUGCUGUGUGUGAAGUCACCAGAACACAUAUUAUUACAUGCAUAACUAUGAAUUCUACACUGCCUUCCCCCACUUUUGUUUCCAUGAAUACCUCUUGGGAAAUGUUUCCAGUGGGUUACUUAACUUUAUCUUGCUGCUGAUUUGAGCAUUAGCAGGUAACUUGCAAGUCUGGAGGCAACUUAUGUCGAGGGUUGCUGGAAUUUUAGACCCUGGCAAUAUUGAAGACAACACACUCAGCCUUGUGAAAGUUACACUAGUGCUUCGUGAAACCCAUCUAACAUGAGCCUAUUGCCCACCGCACUCAACCCUGGACUCACCAGUUUGCUAGGUGUCCUCGUUUCACCGUGCAGGUGUCCCGUUCCCCAGAGCAACAUCCCUCUCCUCUGCUGUGCUGGGACUGCCGUCAAUAUUGUUACUGCUUCCAACGGCGCACUGACAGCCCGAUCCAUGUUUAGUCACUGCUAGUUUUCCUGUAUCACCUUUAUCUCCUGAAAAAGAUGCGCCAAAUGUGGGAUCGUCAGUACCAAGAAUUGAACAUCUGUCUACUUUGACCCUCUCGUCUUUCUUUAAUAGGUAAAUCUCAUUUGAAAUCUCCUAUCAGAAGCUCUGAACAGUCUUAGAAUCACAGUUUGUCUACACAAAGUGUUUUAACAGUACGUUUUGGGAGGGGCUAUAAACAGUUCAGCAUUAAUAGGAUCUAGUUUAAUUUUCACAGUGGUAAAUAUUUUUAUUUUUGAGUCCUCCAGGAAUGGGUUUUCUGUUUAUGUAUAGUGUCUUAAGAAAACAAAACAAAACAAAAACUCUGCAAGCUCCAUUAAUUUUCUAUGGGAUCUAGAAAUAAACUUUCGGUAUCUAUGAACUGUAUGUCUGUGGAGUUUAGUUCUUAUUUCAGGUUUAAAUGGGAAGAAAAGCAGACGUGUUAUGGCAUCGCCUAGGCGUCUUUGGGCCAUGAUGUUUCUGUAACAUUGGCAAACAAUGAAAACUUCAUCCCUAACUACUAGGUGCAACGUUUAAGCCACAGGAAAGAAUAUUUUGCCCAGAAGUUUGGAGGUGUUUGUUGUGGUGUGAAGUGUCUUAUGAGAAAGUUAAUACUUGGGUCAACGCAGUCCUUUGGUAGAGUUAGGGACCCGGUGUUUUGUUUUGUUUUUCCCUUUUCCCAAUGAUGUUUGGCAUAAUGAGCACAUAGGUUUUGGGGUUAAAGUUCACCUACUAAGGAUGGUAGCCCUGGGUUUCUGGUUGACAACCAAGUGGGCCUGAUGAGAGCAGUCAUUUCCUGGCUGGCACAGAAUAAUCACCGAUACUGGUGUUGCAUCUGUAAUGUUUGUUUGCUUUUUAAAACCUUGUUUAUUCUUGGUUUCCUUUCCUGUAAACAUCCAGCACACUGAGGCUGUAUCAUUCCCUAAGACAGCCCUCCACCUUGCCUUUGUGAUCCCUUAGAUAAUGUGGAAGCACAAAGAGACUGUUAAGCUCAUGUCAUCUCAAGACCUUCUCCCACCUUUUUCUGUAUUUCCUUACCCUAAAAGCAGCCUAACUGAAAGUAAGUAACGCUACGCUGGACCAAUAGAAAUGGAUGUGGGAGUAUUUGUUAUGAUAGAAUACUGCUACUGUCUGUGAGGCUGCCCUCACCUCUCCAGUAAUCAUUCACUCAUUCUGCAAACGAUCACUGAGGGCCGGCUUCGCUUGUAAAGGCAAGCUGAGAGCUUCAGGAGUUUGCUGUAGCUGAGGAGCCCAGGGGAUGCUGAUGAUGUCCUAGACGGAGCGACAGUCCUCCCGAACAGAAAGGUCAAAUGGAUCCUGGUGACCGGCUGAGGCUUAUGGGCCUCUCGAGCAAGUCUGUUCUGUUCUGGAAACCAAAAGUGCCCUUCUUCAUCUUUAGAGACGUUUUACUGUCACGUCCUCUUUUUCAGAGCUGUCUCUACUACUUAGGGGUUGGAAAUCCAUUAUGAAGUCACUUUGCAUUAGAAUUUGGUCAUCUGUGUCUGUAUGAGAUGGAGGUGAGGGUUUUGGUUGGGGGUUGGGGGUGGGGAGAAAAACGGUCAUCCGUUUAAAAAUAACUAUCAUGGGAAAAGCAGGAACAGAAUGUACAGGAAUCAGCAGUGGCAGCCUUUAGGGACAAUGGAACAGAGAAGAGCUGUGAACAAAGCUCAUUUAUUUCAAAUAAACACGUUUUUAAAAGUAGAUUGACACCUGACGUUACAUUUCAUUUUGACAAAUUACUGAACAGCUGAAGUUACUGUUUCCUAGGUAGGCUGUAUAAUUAUUGGAUGCAAAGAUAAUUAGUAUUUCCAGGUUGGAUUUUUGUGAUAGAAUGCAAAUCAUAAGCACAGUUUCAAUAAAACGCAUAUUCCAUGAGGUGCGUUGAACUUCGCAUUAUUUGGAACUGAGAAGAGCAAAACUUGCUGACAAAUCAGUGCCUCUAUCAUAAACAGAAACACAAGAAGCAGCUGUGACUGCAGGCUGGCUGUCUUUAGUUUCCUAAAGGAUGUGGUAUUGCUCAACCUGACUGCAUAUUUUGGGGAGGGAACGCUGUGCUUUUAUUUAAACGAACACUCUGUCUUAUACUGCCUUUCGAUCAACUCUCAAAGUGUGUGUUUUGGCAGAUGUGUGUGUUUUUGAGCAUGACCAAUCAUUUUCUCCCCCAAGUAAUGAAAACAAUUCUGCAUGGCUUCCACCUAACCCAGAAAGCAUGCUCUUACUACUAUGCAAGCAACUCAUAAAAAAAUGUAGAAAAAAUAUAGACUACUUACACUCAGCAUAACUUAAAAAAAAAAAAAGGCAACUCUUAGAUCAUGGAGUUCUAUUUUUGAAUUUGUAAUUUUUUUAAUGUGGCUUAAUCAGUAUCAGAGCAUGAAUGUGAUUUCUUUUGCUUUGCACGUGUUUCUCUUUGUGGAAUUUUUUUUUUUGAUCAUUGGCAAGAUUGUGUGUAAAAUAAGUAUUUUUGCAAGCAAGAGUGGAACUGGUAUGUUGAACACACCCUGGUUUAUAUACUGUAUUUAGCCUGAAGACUUUCCUAAAGUAUUUUGUCCUAAAAAUAACCUGCCAUUUUCUAUAGAUUUUAAUUUUUUAUAUCUUCUAGGGUUCUAUCGCGGUCACAGGGAAAGAAUGUGGCUUCUAAUCGUGCUAAUAAUUUUAAAACACUUUUGUAGAGACUUCGGAGCUUCCCAGCCACUGGUUACAAUGAAACUAAGCUGUGGGAUUUACGGUAAUGCUGACAGUAGAUUGGGUUCUAGGGCCAUCUUAACGUUCGUCUAAAACCGGUGUUUCCCAGUUUAGGGGAGAAGGGAGAUUUGUGGCAGACUCGGGAGGCUAUUUCAAAUCUCACACAUGUACUCUCCCCAGGAUUCCAUCAAGCCUCUUCUGAAUGACUUGUCUGAGAUUCUGAUACCCAGCAUUCAUAGAAUCAUCUAGGGAACUUUUAAAAAUGCCUGGGUCCCACUCCCAGGCUUGUGAUCUAGUUAGUGUAAGGGCAGGUCCCAGGAAUUACCGCGGAGAUUUAAAGCUCCUAGGUGUUUCUACUUCGCAGUCAGAACUGAGAACCACUGUGACACACCCUUUGCUGAGACCUAUGGCGAGAAUCACUGCCGUGGGAAGUGCUCAGGAGCAACUCAGAUUCCUCUAUUGCUUUGGUGAGGAAAGAAAAAAAGGAGAGACUGAGAACUAAUAUCAACCUCCUGCGUGACAUAAGGGGCCGGGGGGAGCCUUUCUGAUUCAAGGCCCGAUUCAGGGGCCUGGAGCUCUGUCUGUGCCUCAGCACUUGCCCAUCUGGUGGGGGUCCGUGGUCUUUGGUUUGCUGGAGCAGGCGGAGUGCCCUGUGGGGGUUGCGUCCUCCCUGGAGCCUUUCCCCUGGAGGCCUCGGCAGGGCCAGGCCCGCGGGGGCACAGAGAAGUCACUCUGAGUUAGAAAAUGCUGAAGUAGAGCCUUCAAUGGCCUUGGAAAACCGGUCCCUGAUUUUGCUAGACUGUCUCUUUGUAGUAAUUAUAAUAGCAAACCUUAGGCUGCCGUCCAAUUUCCUAUUUAGCUCACUCUACUCUCCAGAAUGUAGUUUCAGGAAUAAUUUUUUAGUUUAAAAAUUAAUGUGAAGCAUUUGAUUUGGGGGUCUUUUUUCAGUAACCCUUGGUAUUUUUUUUUUCAUGUAAUUAAAAAAAAUCAAAUAAUGUUCUUCCCCAAAUUUGGCAGUAUAUGUUGUUACCUGUGGAGGCAAGUGAAAUUUAGUUUUCAUCUGUGGUGAGCUGAAUGCACUACAACAUUUUCAAAAUAAUAAUCUGCUCUGCUUCUCAGGUGGUUUGAUCCUGUUGAGCAUUAUGCUGCCUACAAAGAAAGGAAAUAAACACAAUUUACCUGGUGUUUUCAGCAUUUCAAGUCAUAAGAUAUAAGUAAACACCCAAGUUAGAAAUGCUCCUUUCGAAAGGCUGCCCAGAGCAGUGAUAACCUGUUGUAAUGGUGGAAAUGCAAUAUGAAUUUUCCUAGGUGCUAUUCUAAACGGUGAGGUGUCAUUAUACCAAAUGGGGAGGCAGUGAAGGUCUUUCUGAAGCCUAAGUUCUCUUUGGGGGCCUUUCAAAUAUGCGUUUAUGUUCCCUAUAGGUUUGCUCACCAACUGUGCCUCCCACCACUGGUUAAAAUUGAAUUCAAGCCCCAUUACAAAAAUCGUUUCUUGAUUAAACUCUUCAGUUUUUACACUGGAAUUUCUAUAGUUGUCUUAAAAGCUGCAUGUCGUAUCACUGUACACAAAAUGUUUUGGUAUUGUUCACGUACCAUUCAUAGUGAUUUGUAUAUAAUUUCCUUCUUGAGUUGCACAGUAAUAUGGAAGGCAGGAUGUCGUUCCUUGAGGCUGGAAGAAAAAGUGUAUCAUACAUACAUUUUAAAUUAUUUUAGAAUAAGUGCAUGCGAUGUGUCACUGACUUGUGUUAUUUAUUUGUAUGUUUUAUUAUUCAAGGUGUAUGCACUUUUAAGAAGCAGAAUUUAUAUUUUUAUGUUUAAAACGUUUUAUUUCUGGAACAGCAGUUGAUUAUAUAGUAUACAGUUGGAAUUAAGAGAAAAGUGGAAAAUGUAACAAAAUAUAAUAAAUUUAUUACAUGA